AUGAGCACAUUUGCACGAGGAGAAAGCGUGCGCUCUGCCAACAGCGCUGAUGCGUCUGCUGCGGCGAUGAUCGAGGCUCGCCGAGGAUGGGAGCUGAACUAUAAGCUUCUUACUUCAUGUUGGGGACAUACAAAUGACAAGGAGGGAGAGGAGCAGGUCAAGGAGGGAGAGGAGCAGGCCGAGGAGGGAGAGGAGCAGGCCGAGGAGAGAGGAGAAGGCCGAGGAGAGAGAGGAGCAGGCCGAGGAGAGAGAGGAGCAGGCCCAGGAGAGAGAGGAGCAGGCCCAGGAGAGAGAAGAGCAGGCCGAGGAGAGAGAGGAGCAGGCCCAGGAGAGAGAGGAGCAGGCCGAGGAGAGAGAGGAGCAGGCCCAGGAGAGAGAGGAGCAGGCCGAGGAGAGAGAGGAGCAGGCCGAGGAGAGAGAGGAGCAGGCCGAGGAGAGAGAGGAGCAGGCCGAGGAGAGAGAGGAGCAGGCCGAGGAGAGAGAGGAGCAGGCCGAGGAGAGAGGAGAAGGCCGAGGAGAGAGGAGCAGGCCGAGCAGGGAGAGGAGCAGGCCGAGGAGAGAGAGGAGCAGGCCGAGGAGAGAGGAGCAGGCCGAGGAGAGAGGAGCAGGCCGAGGAGGGAGAGGAGCAGGCCGAGGAUGGAGAGGAGCAGGCCGAGGAGAGAGAGGAGCAGGCCGAGGAGGGAGAGGAGCAGGCCGAGGAGAGAGAGGAGCAGGCCGAGGAUAGAGAGGAGCAGGCCGAGGAGAGAGAGGAGCAGGCCGAGGAGAGAGAGGAGCAGGCCGAGGAGAGAGAGGAGCAGGCCGAGGAGAGAGAGGAGCAGGCCGAGGAGAGAGAGGAGCAGGCCGAGGAGAGAGAGGUGCAGGCCGAGGAGAGAGGAGAAGGCCGAGGAGAGAGGAGCAGGCCGAGCAGGGAGAGGAGCAGGCCGAGGAGAGAGAGGAGCAGGCCGAGGAGAGAGGAGCAGGCCGAGGAGAGAGGAGCAGGCCGAGGAGGGAGAGGAGCAGGCCGAGGAUGGAGAGGAGCAGGCCGAGGAGAGAGAGGAGCAGGCCGAGGAGGGAGAGGAGCAGGCCGAGGAGAGAGAGGAGCAGGCCGAGGAUAGAGAGGAGCAGGCCGAGGAGAGAGAGGAGCAGGCCGAGGAGAGAGAGGAGCAGGCCGAGGAGAGAGAGGAGCAGGCCGAGGAGAGAGAGGAGCAGGCCGAGGAGAGAGAGGAGCAGGCCGUGGAGAGAGAGGAGCAGGCCGAGGAGAGAGAGGAGCAGGCCGAGGAGAGAGAGAGAGCAGGCCGAGCAGGGAGAGGAGCAGGCCGAGGAGAGAGAGGAGCAGGCCGAGGAGAGAGGAGCAGGCCGAGGAGAGAGGAGCAGGCCGAGGAGGGAGAGGAGCAGGCCGAGGAUAGAGAGGAGCAGGCCGAGGAGAGAGAGGAGCAGGCCGAGGAGAGAGAGGAGCAGGCCGAGGAUAGAGAGGAGCAGGCCGAGGAUAGAGAGGAGCAGGCCGAGGAGAGAGAGGAGCAGGCCGAGGAGAGAGAGGAGCAGGCCGAGGAGAGAGAGGAGCAGGCCGAGGAGAGAGAGGAGCAGGCCGAGGAGAGAGAGGAGCAGGCCGAGGAGAGAGAGGAGCAGGCCGAGGAGAGAGAGGAGCAGGCCGAGGAGGGAGAGAAGGAGGGCGAGCAAGACAACGCAUUUCCAUUACAGAUGAACUAA